UCGAAGCAACACUGACAAGCAUAGCUCUGCCCUUUCUAUGUCGACCAUUCUGCUUCUCCUCUUCUCUGCAUCUAUUGCGUUCUCAAUCUGUAGUCAUGCUGCAGAUCAGGACAGAAUUCUUCUCAACUGUGGCUCCUCAGAUACAAUUCUGUCUCAGGACGGACGUAAAUUUGUUGGAGACGAUGCAUAUGAAUUCGCUACAUCCACCAGCACAGAGGCAGCAGUUUUCUCUGGUCCUUUUCUGCCCUCUGAAACCCUCUACAAGACGGCCCGUCUGUUCAUAGCAAAAUCCACAUACACUGUCCCCAUCUCAGACACUACCCACAAUCAUUUCUUGCGCCUUCACUUUUACAUCUCCUCCUACAACACCCAUAAUCUCAGUGACGCUGUUUUUUCCGUCAACUGCGGACCCUAUGUUCUGCUCCACAAUUUCCCCGCAGUAGCAACUCUAAAACAGUCAUAUGUUGUCAUGGAAUUUUGCAUUCCUGUCAACAAUCAGAAACAACUUGAUAUUAUCUUUACCCCUGAAGCAAACAGCCACAAAUCCUAUGCAUUCAUCAACGCAAUGGAAAUCAUAUCUGUUCCAAAUCUACUGUUUGUGAAGCUUGUCAUUCUUCCUGGCUCUAAUUUUCAGCAAACUCCAUUUUCCAUAGGCUUACACACUGCCUUGCAGAACAUGUACAGAUUGAACGUGGGAGGGCAAAUCAUAUUCGCUUCAGAUGAUAAGUAUGGGAGGACUUGGGCUGAAGAUUCAGUGUACAUAAUGGGGGCUGUUAUGGGUAGUAAAGGACAAAACUCUACAGAGAUCAAGCAGGCAGAUUUAUUUGCGCCCAACGAUGUAUAUGCUACCUAUAGGUCCGUGAAUCCUAUCUCCCUAAUCAGCCCCAACUUCAAUUUAACCUGGGUUUUUAGCAAUAUUGAUGCCAACUUCAGUUAUCUGGUUCGUCUUCACUUCUGUGAGCUUCAAUUCACAGCACCCAAACAGAGGAUAUUUGACAUUUAUAUUAACAAUCAAAUUGUAGAGCAAGCCUUUGAUGUCACUGAAGUAGCUUCAGGGUCAAACCACCCUAUUUACAGAGAUUAUGUCAUUUACGUCCCUGCAGAUGAAUCUGCUACUACCGACCUGUGCGUGGUGUUGUGUCCCAACAGCAGAACAGCACCUCAAUACUAUACUGGUAUUCUGAAUGGACUGGAAAUAUUUAAGCUCAGUGACAGCUCCGGAAAUCUUGCAGGACUAAAUCCUGUGGUAACCGAGGAAGUUUUAGAAAAUUCAGCAAAUGGACCUAUAAGCAGCACUAGCAGUAGCAAGCGUAAGGGCUAUACAAUAGGAAGUGUAUCAGGAAGCUUCGCUGGUGCAGUCACACCGUGUUUGAUGAUUUUAUGCUGUGCUCUGAAAAGGAAAAAUAAGAAUAGUAAGGGCUCCCAUGACAAGCCCUUAACUGCUGUUGCUGGUCACAGAGGAGCGACUACAACUGCUACUAGUACUUCAGCGGAGAACACCGAAUCUAACAUAUCCACGGGAUCCUACAGCUAUGUAUCAACUUCUGUAGCUAGCAUAUUUUGCAGGUACUUCAGUUUUUCAGAGAUUCAAGAUGCAACCAACAACUUUGAUGACUCGCUUCUUCUCGGGGUAGGAGGGUUUGGAAAAGUUUACAGAGGAGAAAUUAGUGAUGGCAUGAGAGUUGCAGUGAAGAGAGCAAAGCCACAAUCCUGCCAAGGUUCUCAUGAGUUCCGGAACGAGAUAGAGCUGUUAUCCAGGCUUAGGCACAAGAAUUUGGUAUACCUAAUAGGCUACUGCGAUGAGAACUCAGAAAUGUGUCUUGUUUAUGAUUAUGCUCCCAACGGCACACUGGCGAAGCAUAUUCAUGGCAAGGACCAUGGAAGCAUUAUUUUGUCAUGGAAGCAGAGGCUGGAGAUAUGCAUUGGUGCUGCAAAGGGCCUUGACUACCUUCACUCUGGGGCAGUCCAGACAGUUAUACACCGUGAUGUGAAGACUACCAAUAUUCUUCUGGAUGAAAACUUGAGUGCCAAAGUUUCUGAUUUUGGGCUUUCCAAAACAAUGGACACAUUUGAUCGGAGCCAUGUAACCACUGUGGUAAAAGGGAGCUAUGGAUAUAUGGAUCCUCAGUACAUCUACAGAUUGACUCUUACAAAGAAAUCUGAUGUGUAUUCCUUUGGGGUGGUGUUGUUCGAGGUGUUGUGCACUACGCCUCCUGUUAUGUCUACCCAGUCAGGGAAGAAGAUGAAUCUAUCUGACUAUGCUCUAAAGCAUCUGAGAGAUGGUACUCUGGAGCAAAUUAUAGACCCCAAUUUAAUAGGUGAUAUAACCUUAGAUUCUCUUCAGAUGUUUGCAGAGGUGGGAGAGAAGUGUUUGGCAGAGGAAGGUGAUGAGAGGCCUUCCAUGGCAGAUGUGGUGUGGUACUUGGAGUUUGCCCUGCAAUUACAUGAAACUGCAACAUGUCAUAGAGAAACAAUUUGUGGUGUUAUUUCUGAUGAAGUGUGAAUUGAUAUGCCACUUUUUAGAGGUAGAUAAAGUAUUUGUAGGAGAGAAAAAAUGGAAUGCAAAGUUUGUGGUGGUUUGUUAAUCAUGAAUUUCAGU